AUGGUUCUCUCAUGUCGUUUUUACGCUAAUGAGUAUCCCGAUGCCGAUGACACGGUGAUGGUGAAUGUUCGACAGAUUGCGGAAAUGGGAGCUUAUGUCCGGUUAUUGGAAUUCAACAACAAAGAGGGUAUGAUUUUGCUCUCUGAGCUCUCCCGGCGUCGUAUUCGCUCCGUGAAUAAGCUAAUUCGCGUCGGCCGCAAUGAAUGUGUGGUUGUGAUUCGGGUGGACAAGGAUAAAGGUUACAUCGAUUUGUCCAAGCGACGCGUCUACGCGAAAGACAUGGCACUAUGCGAGGAACGCUUCGCAAAGGCAAAAGCUGUGAACAGCAUUCUACGCCACGUUGCCGAGCAACUUGGAUACGAACAAGACUCUCAAUUGGAAGAGUUGUACGAGAAGACCGCUUGGCACUUUGAUCGCAAGGAAAAGAAGAAGGCUGCUUGUUACGACGUCUUCAAGAAGGCCAUCCAGGAUGCCACGGUGUUCGAUGAGUGCGACAUUUCGGCUGACAUCAAGGAAAAGCUCCUCGAGGACAUCAGAAAGAAACUGACUCCCCAGGCUGUGAAAAUCCGUGCCGAUAUCGAGGUGACAUGCUUCUCCUACGCUGGAAUCAGUGCUAUCAAGGAGGCGUUGAUUGCCGGCAAAAAUUGCUCCACUGACCUCAUGCCGAUCAAGAUUAAUUUGAUCGCUGCCCCGCUUUUCGUCGUCACUGCGUCUUCGAUGGAAAAGGAUGAAGGCUUGGCCGCCGUCCAAAACGCGCUGGACGUCAUCGGCAAAACGAUAGAAAGCCAUGGCGGGAAAUUUAACAUCAAGGAAGCGGCACGCGUUGUCAGCGAGUUUGAGGACGAUGAGGCACGCAGGCGGAAAGAGGCUUUGGAAGAGGAAGAGGAAGAUGAGACUGACGAGGACGAGGAUGAGGAGUCGGGCUCAGAAGAAGAAGGCCUUGUUGCGCCGAAAGGCUUGGAUCAGCAAAUGGACGAACAGGAGGCCAGCCAAGGCGCCAAGCGGAACGGCAAGGAAGAAGAUGAAGACAGCGAC